AUGGACAUGCAAAAGCGGAUCGAGCGCGCCCUUGAAACCGCGAUCAAGCACGCCACGGCGGGCAACCAGCCGCCGAAGAUCGCAAAGGCCCUGCGUUAUGCGGUGUUUCCCGGCGGAGCACGGGUGCGCCCGCGCCUGUGCCUUGCCGUUGCGAUGGCGUGCGGCGACGACCAUCCCGAGGCGUCCGACGCCGCUGCCGUGGCGAUUGAACUGCUGCAUUGCGCCUCGCUCGUCCAUGACGACAUGCCCUGUUUCGACAAUGCCGAUAUCCGCCGCGGCAAGCCCGCCGUCCACUCUGCCUUUUCGGAGCCGCUGGCGCUUCUGGCGGGCGAUGCGCUGAUCAUCGCCGCCUUUGAAACCAUCGCCCGGCAAUGCGUCGGCACCCCCCACCUGAUCGCACCGCUCACCGGAACCGUCGCCAAGGCGGUCGGCAUGCCGCACGGGCUGGUCGCCGGCCAGGCAUGGGAGAGCGAGGACGAGAUCCCGCUGGUCGAAUAUCACCGCGCCAAGACCGCCUCGCUGUUCACCGGCGCGACGAUGGCCGGCGCGAUUGCCGCCGGCGCCGACCCGCAGACCUGGCGCGCAAUGGGCGACGCGCUCGGCGCGGCCUAUCAGGUGGCUGACGAUCUGCGCGAUUUCGCCGCCAAUGAAGCCGAGAUCGGCAAGCCUUGCGGGCAGGACGACGCCAACGGCCGGCCCAAUGCGGUUGCCGCCGGUGGCCUCGACGCCACGAUCGCAAGGCUGCAUGACCUGGUCGGCCGGACCGUCGCCGCCGUACCCGACUGCCCCGGCGCACCGAUGCUGCGCGACCUGAUCGCCGGCGAAGCCAAGCGGCUGAUGCCCGAGAGCCUUGCGAGCCGCGCCGCCUGA